AUGGCAAACUGGCGGGACGACUACUACGCCGCAUUAGGAGUCCGAGAUGAACGCGAGAAAGCGAACAUUGGCCUUUACGAUGCCUACCGGACUGGCGCCUUAGCGACCGCCAGGCAACAAGUACAAUCGUCUGAAGCAGCCGCAGCCCCAUCAUCAUCUGCCACAUCCAAAAGAGGAGCGACGACAGGUCAACAGCAAGAUGCGGGUAAACCACUGCACGAGGUUCUGGCGGCGGUGCGAGCAGACUUGACUGCAGCGCAGCGCUCGCGCUCCGAGCUGCAAGAUCGCCUGACCCGCACGACUGAGGAGCUGGAGAAACUGAAGAAGAAAACCCAGCAAGACGGUAGGCGAAUUACAGCGUUGGAGGGAGAGCGACAUCACCUACAGCUGCGGUUGAGGGAUCGCGAUGAGGAGUUGAGGGGGAAAGCAAAACUAUUGGAUAGUGUCCAGGAUGAAUUGGCAUCGCUCAACCUGCAGUUGAAUAUGGCCGAAGAACGCUCCAGCCGGCUGCAGCGUGAGAACCAAGAACUGAUCGACCGAUGGAUGGCACACAAGGGGAAAGAGGCAGAGGCGAUGAACGAAGCUUCGAAAUUUUCAUGA